CUGGGUACAUUUUUUUCCGACCAUUUUAUUUAUUAUUUUUUGGAACAAGAUUUCAGAAGGAGUUUUUGGCAGCAAGAAAUCUGUGGUUUUUAUAUGUGAUGUCAAGAAAUAUGGAUUCAUUUUACAAGGCUUUGAACCACUGAUUGGAAAUAUUGGAACGGUUUUUUUCUCGUCUAUUUGGGUGUGAUAGCGCAGGGCGGUUCUUGAUAUCUUCAAACAUGAAGAUACUUCUGUGCCUGGUUGUCAUGAUGACAACAGUUCACUGUCAACCUCUGACAAGUCAGACGUGUGCCUCCCGCAGAAUGGUGAAUAUUGGAGCUGCGAACCCUAAUGUUGUGAUUGGUGGAUUGUUUCCCCUUAGAACCAGAGGUUUUGGGAAUUACGGAUGUGGGCCUGUGGGAGAUGCUCCUUACAACAUGCAGGCAUUUGAGGCAGCUCGCUUCGCCCUAGCCAGAAUCAACGGCUUUAACCCCAUCCCAGGCGUGACUCUAGGGAUGGUGGCGUAUGACACCUGUUCCAGCGGUUCGGUGGCGACCAGGGCUGUGUCUGAGUUCCUGCCUCACCUGACCUCCUCAUCAUCACAGUGUACAGUAGCUGUAGCACCACCAAAACUUGUACCAGGGAUCAUUGGAGGCCAUUUUGGUGAAGUGACCAAGUCUGUGGCUUCAUUCCUUCAGGGUUUUGAUGUCGCCCAGGUGGCAUAUUCAUCCCGUCUGUCAGAGUUCAGCGAUGUGUUCCACUACCCUAACCUGCUGCGGACAGAUGCUCCACCCAGGGCUGUGGCUGAGGUGAGUGUGUAG